AAAACCGGAAGUAAUGGUCCGGAUGUGGACGGCGGUGCGCGGGGGUUUGUCUGGGACUCGGGGGCGCGAACAGGCUCCAGCAGCAUGUGAAUCCCGGUUGCAGGCCACUCGAUGCACGUUGUCACGAAAGCGCUGUGAUCUGACCUAAGAGGACGCCACGGAGACGUGGAUUUCGGCGUGGAUUUGGAGACAAACCGGCAGCUUCAAGAAACAGCGGCGGGUGACUCCAUUUGCACCUUUUCUCAAGGCUGUUCGAGGUGGGCUUAACACUGAGUGCACACCUGAAACCUCCUGCCAGCUGCUAAGUCCACGCAGGAUGAUGACAGUGCUGGGCAAUACGUUGGAGCAUCUCAACGAUGCCAUGAGAGCCAACAAAGGCGUGCCUUUUUCCAGGCUCCAAGGCAUCCUAUCCCAACUUCCACCAUCAAUCCGGGGCCGUAUCGGUGCAAGAACUGAAACCAUACGGUUGGGGGCGAGACAUUUUCCCAGUAAGAUUGUUGUCGAUCCAGACAACAGAGUUUACACAUCCACACGACCUCUCGCAUCUACCAGAAACUGUGGAGCAAAGAGCCACAGUGCGGCUGACAAAAAACACCUCAACAUGACUGAUGGACCCAUUGAGCUCUGUAAUGUCACGGGGACCAUCUCAAAGUUGUUGCAGCUUUAUGGUUUUGUCGAUUUGGUACAUCCACUUCUAGCUAGUGUUUCUUUUGACAAGAGAUUAUUCAUGGAAAAUAGGCACCAUGACCUAACAAAGUUGGUGUUCAAGCUAGGCAAUGUAGUCAUAUUAGAUGCAGUAAAAUGUCCACCAAGCCACAGAGCUAAGUAUCAGGCCACUCAUAUAGAACUUCAAAGAAAAAUGGCACAUACGAGCAGCCCCGCAACGAAGCAGGCAGCGUACCAACCAGGUAGUGAUGGCAUCGGAAGUGGACUUCCUGGCUCAAUCCAAGCCGUAAAUCCAAGCCACGCAUAUAUAUUAUUCGGUGAAGACAAUAGCCUUGACAAGUCCCUGCUUCAGCCGGAAAAGACUUUGAAUGACAUAUUUAGCGUCCAGACAAGGUUCUCUUUGAUACCCAACCAAAUCCGAAGCCGACUAGCUACGCCAAGUGGUGGGCCACCAAUGUGAACAAAGCUCAUAGUGCUCAACUUUCCCAAGCCAACGACAGCAGAGACGAAGCUUUUCUAUUGAUAACAUUGACAAGUCCCUGCUUCAGCCAGAAAAGACUUUGAAUGACAUAUUUAGCGUCCAGACAAGGUUCUCUUUGAUACCCAACCAAAUCCGAAGCCGACUAGCUACGCCAAGUGGUGGGCCACCAAUGUGAACAAAGCGCAUAGUGCUCAACUUUCCCAAGCCAACGACAGCAGAGACGAAGCUUUUCUAUUGAUAACACUGACAAGUCCCUGCUUCAGCCGGAAAAGAGUUUCAAUGAUAUAUUUAGCGUCCAGACAAGGUUCUCUUUGAUGCCCAACCAAAUCCGAAGCCGACUAGCUACGCCAAGUGGUGGACCACCAAUGUCAACAAAGCGCAUAGAGCUCAACUUUCCCAAGCCAACAACAGUAGAGACGAAGCUUUUCUAUUGAUAACAUUGACAAGUCCCUGCUUCAGCCGGAAAAGAGUUUCAAUGACAUAUUUAGCAUCCAGACAAGGUUCUCUUUGAUGCCCAACCAAAUCCGAAGCCGACUAGCUACGCCAAGUGGUCGGCCACCAAUGUUAACAAAGCGCAUAGUGCUCAACUUUCCCAAGCCAACGACAGCAGAGACGAAGCUUUUCUAUCCGACAACAAUAUCGCUGAGCUUCUCCUUCACCCAAAGGAGUUCUCUGCACAAAGGAAACAGUCAAUCCAAGCCACACAUUUAUAUUAUUCGGUGAAGACAUUAUAGAGUGUUCCUACUUUUCUAUUGAUAACAUUGACAAGUCCCUGCUUCAGCCAGUAAAGAGUUUGAAUGACUUAUUUAGCGUCGGGGACAAUGUCCUAUUUGAUGCCCAACCAAAUCCUAAGCCAACUAGCUACGGCAAGUGGUUGGCCACCAAAGUCAACAAAGUGCAAAGUGCUCAUCUUUCCCAGGCCAACGUCAGCGGAAACGAAGUUUUUCUAUCCGAUAACGAUAUCGCUGAGCUUCUGCUUGACCCAAAGGAGUUCUCUGCACGAAGGAAACUGUCAAUCCAAGCCACACAUUUAUAUUAUUCGGUGAAGACAAUACAGAGUGUUCCUACUUUUCUAUUGAUAAAAUUGACAAGUCCCUGCUUCAGCCGGAAAAGAGUUUGAAUGACAUAUUUAGUGUCCGGGACAAGGUUCUCUUUGAUGCCCAACCAAAUCCAAAGCCGACUAGCUACGCCAAGUGGUGGGCCACCAUUGUCAACAAAGCGCAAAGUGCUCAUCUUUCCCAGGUCAACGACAGCUGAGACAAAGCUUUUCUCUCCGACAACGAUAUCGCUGAGCUUCUGCUUGACCCUAAGGAGUUCUCUGCACGAAGGAAACUGUCAAUCCAAGCCACACAUUUAUAUUAUUCAAUGAAGACAAUAUAGAAUGUUCCUACUUUUCUAUUGAUAACAUUGACAAGUCCCUGCUUCAGCCGGAAAAGAGUUUGAAUGACAUAUUUAGCGUCCAGACAAGGUUCUCUUUGAUGCCCAACCAAAUCCGAAGCCGACUAGCUAUGCCAAGUAGUGGACCACCAAUGUCAACAAAGAAGCAAAGUGCUCAACUUUCCCACACCAGCGACAGCGGAGACGAAGAUUUUCUAUCCGAUAACGAUAUCGCUGAGCUUCUGCUUGAUCCAAAGGAGUUCUCUGCACGAAAGAAACUGUCCGGCAUCAAAGGCUCAUUCUUCCUAAAGUCCAAGAUUAGGGGUAUUGUAUCCACUGUUGAACCCAUUGUCAUGGUCCCAGUUCCAGACACAGUGACGUAUUGCAACAGAAGGAAGAUCAGGACAUUCAGUGAGCUGUUGAAAGGCAGUGCUGUCCUAGAAGAUUUAGAUGCCUUUACAGAUGCCAACGAAGCAAAACACGACAUAUGGUUAGCGACGCUCAUGUGGAGUGGUGAACUUCCCGAGCACUUCCGGCGGAGACGAAGCUUUUCUAUCCCCAACCCAACCAGAAAUCACCUCAUAGCCCCUACACAAUUCUCUCCGCAAUGCCGCUUCCGCGCAGAGCCCCGGUCCAUCAGGCACAUUUUAGGGGGUUGCAGACCGGCACCAUUAAAUCCUCCGAACCCUUACACCACUGACAAGCUUAGUGAGAGCCUUGGCCAGCUCCGACCUCGAGAAUCGGCAGCGGCUGAUUGCGAGGGCCCAUGACGCGGCCUGAGCUCAAGGCAUUCUGGAAUGAGGACGCCUCUCCAAAGCUGCAUUCACCCAUUAAAAAUGUUCAUUCUCUCUCUCUUUUUAUCCAACAACGACAUCGCUGAGCUUCUGCUUGACCCAAAGGAGUUCUCUGCACGAAGGAAACUGUCCGGUAUCAAAGGCUCAUUCUUCCCAAACUCCAAGAUUACGGGUCUUGUAUCCACUGUUCAACCCAAUGUCAUGGUCCUAGUUCCAGACACAGUGACGUAUUGCAGCAGAAGAAAGAUCAGGACAUUCAGCGAGUGGUUGCAAGACAGCGCCGUCCUAGAAGAUUUAGAUGCCUUUAUAGACGCCAUCGAAGCAGAACAGGACAUAUUGUUAGUGACGCUAAUGUGGUAUGGUUAACGUCCCGAGCACGUCCCUGCACUACGCAUUCUCAGAGAAAAUGACAUCAUUCGGAUUGACUACAUUGUCGGUAUGGUUGGAGGGAAGGUGGAGGUGUGCAGCCGCCGUGUGCAGCACGGUGAAAGGCCUUCAAAUGCGCACCAAAUGAGUCCCUCAGAGUUUGGCCUGCUGCUGAAGGCCAGGGCGGCGCAGCAAGACAUCCCUGCAGCACCUGGCAAGCUCUGCACACUAGCUCUCACGGCAGUGGACAAGGAGGGCCAAGCAGUGCUCCAAGCUGCAACUUUCCCGACGUCCAGAAAUCGGGAACUUGCAGUCUGCCUCCAGAACCCGGUUAAUCCAAAUGGCCAUCGGCAGAUUCGCUUGGAAAGAUACUGGCUGUCAAGCAAGAUGUAACCGUCCCGUCACUACCUUCGGGUCCUGCCACCAGCAAUGCUACCAUAAAUGGGAAAUCCACUGCAGCUGCCUCCGCCCCCCUGGAACCUACAGUCUGCAUCUUCUCGACCGGAAAGGAGUAAUGCAAGUCCUUGACUCUUCCGCCAUGGUGGAAGCCAGAUAGGGGCAGACUAUCUGGGAGGUGACGGUCACUGUGGACAGCUUCUACAGGGAUGGCAGGAUGGUCUUGAGUGAACUCAACCCGGAUUCGUGCGAAAUAGUUCGAUGUAGUCAAAUUCAAAUAAAAAAUCAUGU